UUUGUGUUCAUUUCAGAUGCACCAAAGGCUUCCUUCGAAGAUGUUUCGUACGCUUUAAGUUGUUUCCUGGCAACAGUCACCACCAAGAACUCGUCCAACCCCGGCGCAGGCCCAGUGCGUCUGUCUUUUGCUGAUGACAACCUGGAGCUGCCUCGGUCCCUGACUUUUGCGACGCCGCACGAGGGGAAGACCUCACCUGAAGAGAUUCCAGAGAGCUUAUACUGUGCAGCCUAUCUCGGAAUCAAGGUGCUCAUGGUGUGUUUUGAAGACCGGCUUGCUACUGAGUGGUACAGGAUAUACCAGGCCAUGGAAACAGUCGUGGACGGUCACAUUGGUAACGUUGGUUUCUGGGACUUCAUGAACUUCUGUGUGUCUUACCGAACCCCUCUGUUCCUGUUGAUGGUCCCUCUUAUCAGAAUGAAGGUAAUGUAUCAACGAUAUAGCGAUAACUUCCUCUGUAGCAUUUGUUGUAUACCAUAUGCCAGAGAAAGUACAGCCAAUCAGAAAUGCAGGAGAGCCGUUGUAUACUCAACGAUAUUACAUCCAACCUUCCCAUCAUGCGCCGCUCGUGUGUCACAUUGAUUGUGUUGGCCACUGUAUUUUCUAUGACGUGGUAUAAAAUAGUUAUGUAACGCUCUCUCGUGGAAUACCAGGGAAUAUCCCACUUGUCACUUGUAUUUUCUUGGUAUACACACACAAGGCUUAAGGUUCGUGUUUAUACCGAGGAAAUUCAAGUGACUCGUGGGAUAUUCCAUGGUAUACCACGAGAGAGCGUUGCAUUACUAGUAUUUCAACUCUGCUUAAUAAAUAAAUUACAACAUUUAGAGAGGAAGCCACAGCAGGCUUGGCUGGUUUUCAUGCGUCUCCUCUAUCCUGGCCGCCACGGUAUUGGAAUUUGGAGUGUUGGCUUAAUAGAGUAUAAACAACUCGUCAAUUAGACUACUAGAAUACC